AUGGAAAAAGAGAUGGAAAUAAAUGUAGAUGGUUAUACUUUUUGGUGGAUGGAUCUUAGGAGUGGAAGGCAUGCUUUGAGAGAAAUAAAGGAUGAUAAAGAUGCUUUGGACAUGUCCUUGUCUAUUGUUGGCACUAGAAUGAUAAGCAUAUAUGGGUAAGGUUUCUAAUGCAGAUGUCAGUAACAUAUGGCAAGAGCUUAUUGUGUUGGACACACAUGUGGAAGAAGAAGUGGAGGAUGUGCAAAGGAAUGAAGAAGUGACAGCAGAUGAUGUCUUAGAGGAUGCUUCACUUGGGAUACGCAUGAAGGGAAAGAAACAGGAUGAAGACAGUAAGCUCCAUAAUUCAGAGUAUAGCUUCCAAAGUGAGGAUGAUGUAGGAGAUAUUGAUGAACAAGACAUGCUUGCACCUAAUAUAGAAGUACAAGAGAUGGUUAUAGGAGUUGGCAAUGAUGGUGAAGAGGAAGUUCAAUCAGACUAUGGUAUUUUUGAUGAAUUGCAGUCCUGCUCUUCUAUAGAUGAGGAAGAUAUGAGAAAAAGGCCUACAUAUGCAGAGUUCAAUGAUGAAAGUGAUAUGAAAGACCCCUAGUUCAGGAUUGGCAUGAAGUUUACAAGUUUUAAGCAAUUUAGAGUGGCAGUAAGAAACUAUGGUAUUAAGAACAGAUGCGUGAUGAAGUUCAGACCCAACAAUAGCAAGAGGUGCAAAGCCUUUUGCAAAAAAGGCUAUCCUUUCUACCUAUGGGCUUUAUUAAUGGCUAUAGAUCGAAAUAAAAUCCAGAUUAAAUCAGGAUGUCUAAAACAUGAGUGCACCAAAGACCACAAAAGCAGGAAUGUCAGUGUACAGUGGAUUGCUCACAACUACUUGGAACAAUUUAGAGCAGACCUUUCAUGGAAAGUUGCAAGGAUAAAUCAAGCUGUUAGGAGCAAUCAGAGUGUUGGUAUAAGAAGACUCACUGUAUGGAGGGCCAAAGCCAUUGCAACUAGGUUGUUAGAGGGUGAUGAGGAAGAUCAGAUGAAGAUGCUCUAUGAUUACAGGCUUGAGUUGCUAAGAACGCACCCAGGAUCAACCAUUAUGUUCAGAUGCAUUAUAGGGAUGUUCCAAGUAAUGUAUGUAUGUCUAUCACCUCUUAGAGAUGGGUUCCUUGGAAGCUGUAGGUGUAUAAUUUCUUUAGAUGGAUGCUUCUUGAAGAUCUUCUAUAGAGGACAAUUGCUUGCAACUGUUGGGAUAGAUGCAAAUGAUUGCAUCUAUCCCAUAACUUGGGUAAUGGUGGAUAAGGAGAACUAUGCUAACUGGAAAUGGUUCCUAGAGUUGCUCACUGCUGAUUUGGAGAUAAACAAUAGCCACCACUGGGCUUUUACUAGUAAUAGGCAGAAAGUAAGCACUUCAACCUAAGAUAUGACCUAAAUAUUAUUAGCAUUAAGUUUCUUCUUUCCUUGUUGAUUCAUUAUUUUUUUUCCUUCUUUUAUUGCUCAUCAUGUAUAGGGGCUCAUACUUGUACUCCAUGAGUUAUUCCUAGAAAGUGAAUAUCGAUAUUGUGUUAGGCACCUCCACUCAAACUUUAGGAGAAAACCCUUAAGGACUAGUUAUGGAGAAGUGCUAAGGCUAGCUAUCUUCCAGCAUUUGAGAGAGAAAUAAAGCUUUAAAAAGUCUGUCUCCAGAAGCAUAUGAAUUUAUAAAAAAAUUAACCCACGCUAUUGCAGUCAAGCACAUUUUAAUAUCCAAUUUAAGUGUGACAUGCUCUUGAAUAAUCUGUGUGAGUGUUUUAAUAGUCAAAUAUUGGAAGCAAGAACCAAGGGAAUAGUUGCUAUGAAUGAGAUGAUUAGGACCAAGUUGAUGAUUAGAAUUCAAAGAAAAAGGGAUGACAUGCAAGGGUGUGCAACAAUGCAUUGUCCAAGGAUUAUUAGAAAAUUAGAGAAAGCAAAACAAUUGAGCUACUCUUAUCAUACAACUUGUCAAGCGGGGAUAGCUAUCAAGUUCUUGGCAAUGAUGGUCAGUUUAUAGUAGACAUUGAAGGAAAAAAAUGCACUUGUAGAAAAUAGGAACUAAUUGGGUUCCCUGUCCCCAUGCAAUAUCAGCAUUGUAUUAUAACAACAACAACCUUGAGAGUCAAGUAGAUGAUUCUUGCAAUGUCAGUACUUUUAUGGCAACAUACAACCACAUAUAAAGUCCAACAAAAGACAAGAAUUGGUGGACAAAAAGUGAUCAUGGCCUAAUGACUCCCCCAGAGCUUGUGAUGAAGAGAAGAGGCCGAAGAUCCAUGCUCGGGAGAAAGGAGCCAAGUGAAGAAGAAAUAGGAAUUACAAAGGGAAUGGUAAGUAGGAAGGGUGUUAAAAGCAGUUGUAGCAUCUGUGGUAUUCAAUGGCACAAUAAGAGGUAUCAUGGAGUGAAGGUAGGUAUAUAACUAAUGGAUUUUUUUUUUUUGUCUUUUGUCUUAUUUAUUUCUUUCUUUAGUAUAAAAUGUCUUAAUAUAUGCAAAUGCUACAGUAAAAGGAACAGCAUGGCAAUGGACCCCAAGAUAGGCAAUCCAGGGAAGCAGCCACAAAGGUGAGUAUAUCAUCAAUUUAGUUAAUGUUUUCCCAUUGUUGUGGUUAUCUGUUUGGCCCUAAUUGCUCAAUUUUAAAGAAAAAGGAUGUAGGAUAGGCAUAUGAACAACCUUUUGGAGUAGUA